UGGUAGUGGACGGGGGGCACCAGCAAAUAUUUUGCCUAGGGCGCCAAAUGGGUCAGGAACGGCCCUGGUUGUGUUGCCUGCUGAGAAACCCCCUUAUUGUCAAUAAAGUGUGUAAAACCAUCCAUCCUCUGAAUGCUCCAGGUCUCUAGUUUGUGGUUGUAAAGUUUCAUGAGGCUGUGAUUAUCCUAGAGGUCACAGCAGCUCAUUUUAUACACUGAGCUCAAGUUUCACUGCAUGUUACAGCAAGUCAGUAAAGAGACUCAGAACUUGUUUACAUUCAGAUAUCUGCAGGUCAGUUAGUAACCAGUUUGUAAUGAGACUCAGCCUGAUAAACUGUUGUGUUAAAGCUCCGCCCCUCAGCUGACUCACCCGAGACAAACCAGGAAACAGGCUGUUAUUCUGCCAAACGGAGACGAAGAGACACACACACACACACACACACACUCUGAGAGACGGAGGAUAAGAUCCAGCUUCAGACUAAAACCUCCACUUUGACUGAAAGAGGACGACUUCAGGAGAUUACUGGGAAUACUGGAACAGCUCCACUUCACCAGCUGCUGAAUCCACAAACUGAACGACAGUUUUACAGGAAAGUGAAAGUAACUUUGAGACAACAGGGAGUGGCUGAGCUGUUUGUCUGCUGUGUUUCAGCUUCACUCAGAGACUAAAUGGCUUCCAGAUUAGAGGAGGAUUUCUGCUGUUCUGUCUGUUACGACAUCUUUAAAGAUCCUGUUCUUCUGUCAUGCAGCCACAGCUUCUGUAAAGACUGUCUGCAGAGCUGGUGGACGGGGAAACCAACCAGAGAGUGUCCGGUUUGUAAGAGAAGAUCUUCGAAGAGUGAUCCACCCUGUAACCUGGUGUUGAAGAACCUGUGUGAGAGUUUCUUACAGGAGAGAGAUCAGAGAGCUUCAGAGGCUCUUUGCAGUCUGCACUCUGAGAAACUCAAACUCUUCUGUCUGGACCAUCAGCAGCCAGUGUGUGUCGUCUGCAGAGACUCAGAGAAACACUCCAAGCACAGAUUCAGACCCAUCGAUGAAGCUGCACAACAACUCAAGAAGAAACUUCAGGAAACUCUGGAGCCUUUAAAGAAGAGGUUAAAGGUUUUUAAAGAAGUUAAAGUGAAGUUUGAUGAAGCAGCAGGACACAUUCAGGACCAGGCCCGACGCACAGAGACGCAGAUUAAGGAGCAGUUUAAGAAGCUUCACCAGUUUCUAGAAGAGGAAGAGGAGGCCAGGAUGGCUGCACUGAGGGAGGAAGAGGAGCAGAAGAGUCAGAUGAUGAAGGAGAAGAUGGAGGCUCUGAGCAGAGAGAUAGCAGCUCUUUCAGACACAGUCAGAGCCACAGAGGACCAGCUGAGAGCUGAACACGUCUCAUUCCUGCAAAACUACAAGGCUGCAGUGGAAAGAGUCCAGCAGCGCCCCCUGCUGGAGGCUCCAAAGCUGCCCUCAGGAGCUCUGAUAGACCAGGCCAAACACCUGGGCAACCUGGCCUUCAACAUCUGGAACAAGAUGAGGGACAUGGUCUCCUACAGUCCUGUCAUUCUGGACCCAAACACUGCUCAUCCAGACCUCAUCCUGUCUGAAGAUCUGACCAGAGUGAGAGCAGGAGAAGAGGACCAGCAGCUUCCUGAUAAUCCAGAGAGGUUUGAUUACUGCUCUGUUCUGGGCUCUGAGGGCUUUAACUCAGGGACUCACAGCUGGGAGGUCCAGGUUGGAGACAAUACAUGGUGGGAACUGGGUGUGUUAGCAGAGUCGGCCCAGAGGAAAGGAGACAUAGAGUCUGGAUUAUGGAGAAUAUAUUUAUAUGGAGGUGAAUACUACUCAUGGUCACCAUCAGAUGAAGGAACUGUUUUCGUAGUGCAGAAGAAGCUCCAGAGGAUCAGAGUGAAUCUGGACUGGAACAGAGGAGAGCUGUCGUUCUCUGAUGCUGACACUAACACACACAUACACACCUUCACACACACUUUCACUGAGAGGAUGUUUCCAUAUUUUUACAAUAGGGAUGAUGAGGAUUAUCUCCCACUGCAGGUUUUAGCAGUGAAGGUCUCUGUGGCUGCAGGACACGAUAGAUGAUCAGCAUUGUCCUUAAGGAUGCUUUUACACCAACGGCAGUUGGUGCGCACUAAACAGUCCAUUCGGACCAAAAGCUCUUAGUUCGGAUCGUUUUCGUCGGUGUGAAAGCAUCAAUCGCACUCGGGUGUGCACUAAAUCAAGCGGACCGAGACCUCCAAAAAGAGGUGGUCUCGGUCUGCUUGAUUCCGCACCAAAUGUCAACCUCUGGUGCGGUCCCUCUGGUGAGAACGCGAACCUGGACCAACUGAGGUCUAAACGAACUAUUCGAAAUGUGUCAGUGCUUAAUUUGCGUGCUGCGUGUAUAUUCCCCUACAUUCAUUCAGCAGCAGCGCAAAUCGUGUGUGACCUACCAACACAUGGCUAAUUUGAAUAUUCAAAUUAGCCAUAGGUUGUGCCGAUGCUGAAAGAAUGUCGGGGUAUGAAAUUAAUUUAAUCUGUAAUAUACAUGUUUCAUUCGGUACAACCUCAUACAUUUCAAAAUCCUUCUCAGAGUAGCAGACUGAUAACAACAUCAUCCACUGUGUUCAAUAACUUUAGAAUCUCACCAUGUCUCAAACCAAGCUUAAAGUAGGAUUUAAUUAAAUCUUCCAAACGAGCCAGAGCUUAUUCUUGCUUGUUGUUUCGUUUCGUUAUUAGGGCUAUAUUAUAACGUGACAGUAUCUCGUUAUAACGAGAUAAAUGGAGGAUAUUUUUCAUAAGGGUGGCAGCAAUACGCUUCCGUAGUUAAUUGAUCAGCUGUGUUGUGUUUUACCGGCGCACAGCUCGCGAACACACACGUUUACAUGUUUUAACCUAUGAAAUCAUUAAUCAAAAUACAAAAAAAAUGUUUUCACAAAGCAAAAGACUGCAAGUAGUCAAUAUCAGUCAUAUCAUCAACUGGAUAUUUUGCCAGAAAUGGGUAAUGUUGACGAUAUAAAAAGCAAGGACCAGCGCAAGAAACAGUGUGCGAACAUUUCGCUCCAUUGUGAAAGUUGAAAUUGGCGUUAUUUCCACCGGAAGAUGACGAAACGUCAUUCAGACCAAUGUGGUUCGUUUGCAUGUGUGAACGCGGACCACAGGCAGUCUGUAUGCUACAAUGUAACAAUUUUACUGCCUGCUGCGGACUAAAUAAUCAAACUAGCAGUGUGAAAGCACCCUAAGUCUUUGAGGAUCAUGUGACCAAGUUGUCCUCCGGAUGUUUGUUUCUCCGUCAGUGAGAGGAAAUGAUGUCAUAAUGAUGUAACAACUCAGAUCAAAGAGCUGUCAAUCACUCUGUGACUGGCAGGCAUCUUUGUGGUUUCCUGUUACAUUAUUGAUCAAAACUUUGAAGUGAAUUCUCUGCUAAACUUCAUUCUCAUUGAUUGUUUUUUUCUUCUAUUGGUUUUUGAGAGUUGUAUAGAAAAACACUGUCAAAUAACAGAAAACAACAAGUUAUUUACAGAUAAUAACAUAAAAAUACACAUAAUACACAGUUAAUAUCUGUAUUUAAAAUAUAUAUAUCUGCUGAAUAACUAAAGUGUUUUACUUUAAUUGAACAGCAAGUGUUUGACAACUUUAGCUGUUUUUAUUAUUAUUUCUUUUUACAAGUUAAAUUUAAAGUUUUACUGUAAGAAAACAAAAAGUUUCCUUAAUCUUACACUCAGCAAUAUAAUGUGUAUUUUUGUAUGUUUACUUUAUUAUGUAUUUACUGUCAUUUAACAUUCAAGAUCAUGAAGUAAUUGAAAAAUACCGUAAAAAAACAAAACAAAAAAAAACAACUAAAAUCUGUCCCAUUGUUGUAAUUUACAGAUUUUUUAACUUCCAUGUUCUGGUAAUUAUUUGUAAAUAAAGUAAUUAACUUUAUGGCACUUUAUUUGUCUGUUAAUCUGUUUAUUGGGCUGCAUUAUUGGGCUUUUAUUGUGAAGGAUGGGGCAGGUUUGUGGCAGUGGGCGUGGCUUCAUGUACGGUGGCUGUCAGUAACCAGUAAUCUCACAUUCAGACUCCAAGAGAGAAAAAUCCAUGCUGUGAUUUGGUUUCAAAAACUUUUGACAUUUAGUAGAUUUCUGUAUUUUCAGUGAUUGCAUGCUGAGCACUUGUGUUGUGUUCAGGGCCGUGCCGCCCAUAGGGCAGGUUAGGCAAAUGCUAGGGGCACCAGCAUGCCAGGGGGCGCCAUGCAGGCGCAAUUUAAAAAAAUUAGAUAA